AUGCUGUUCAACGUCCUCACCACCGCUCUCGCUAUUGCGGGCAGCGUCACCGCUGUUCCAACAUUCGCCAACGAGGCCCGUCAAGCCGCAACACUGAACGCGGCCAUCGUGGCAAAAGGACGAUCCUACAUCGGCACCUCCCUCACCAUCCGCAACGACAACACCGAGCAGAACCUCAUCAAGGGUUCCGAAUUCGGGUCCAUCACUCCGGAGAAUGCGAUGAAGUGGGACGCAACCGAGCCCAAUCGUGGACAAUUCUCGUUCGGAAACGCAGACCAGAUUGCGAACUUCGCGACGCAGAAUAAGAAGCAGAUGAGAUGCCAUACGCUAGUUUGGUAUUCGCAAUUGCCGAAUUGGGUGAACCAGAUCAACAAUAAUGCGACGUUGAUGCAGGUCAUGACGAACCAUAUCAACACCGUUAUGGGAAGGUAUAAGGGCAAAUGCACACACUGGGAUGUCGUCAACGAGGCGCUCAACGAAGAUGGAACUCUUCGCGACAACGUCUUCCUCCGCGUCAUUGGCGAGCAAUACCUGCCCAUCUCCUUCCGCCUCGCCCAGGCCGCCGACCCAGCCGCAAAGCUCUACUACAACGACUACAACCUCGAGUACGGCGAGGCGAAGCACCAAGGCGCCCUCCGCAUCGUCAAGCUCGUGCAAUCCUGGGGCGUCAAGAUCGACGGCGUCGGUCUGCAAGGCCACCUGGUGACCGAAAAAACCGGCACGCAGAGCACACCUACUCCCUCUGAGGCCGUCCUCACCAAAGUGCUUCAAGACUACGCUGACUUAAACGUCGACGUUGCGUACACCGAGCUGGACAUCCGCAUGAAUACUCCCAGCAAUGCCCAGAAGUUGCAGGUGCAAGCCGAAGCUUAUGCGAGGGUCGCGAAGAGCUGCAUCAACGUCGAGCGAUGCGUGGGUAUUACGCUAUGGGGCGUCUCCGAUAAAUACUCAUGGGUGCCACAGACCUUCUCGGGAGAGGGUGAUGCCUUGCUCUGGAAUAAUAAUUUUCAGAAGAAGCCGGCUUAUACUGCGUUUCUGAAUGCCCUGUCUGGGAAAAGGCAUUAUUGA